ACGAGCUUCAUCUGCGCCACAGGACGCCCCACACGUGACACAAUCUCGGACAAAAGCAUGUGCUAAGCAGCUCGCUUUCCGCUUGCUCGUCUGCACGCGACCUCACGAUGUGAUGAUGCUGUGUCUCCGUCGUCUUACGUGAUUGCCAGUGCUAAAACUUGUGAUUUUUAUUGUUUGCUUCUCGGUUAUUCACGAGUUGCUUCGUCUAUUUGUUGGUGCGUGAUUGUUCUUUGUGUUUUUUCCAUGUAUUGAGUCUGUUGGACCUCGAAGAGAUACAAUUUCAUUUGGUGCACUUUCACAGGUGAGUUUUCUAGAAUCUUCCCCACGAUCCAAUAGUAGCAGCUAGCCGUCUUCCACGUAGUCACAUAAAGGAACGGUUAUGAGAGUUGGAUGAUUACCGGCUACCGUACAAGAAAGUAGCAGAAGCAGUACGAUGGACUACCCAAGGUUACUUCUGCUGUGUGCUCUUCAACUGCGCUUGGCCCUCGCCAUUGAUCUAUCACAAUGCAUCGGCCCUCUGGGAAUGGGCUCGGGAGCGAUUCCUGACACUGACAUCACUGCCAGUUCCAGUUUCGAUAGCGGUAACGUCGGCCCUCAUCACGGACGACUGGGUCAGGAUAUCAACGGCGGUGCAUGGUGUCCAAAGUCGCAGAUCACUACCGAGACGACCGAAUGGAUCGAGAUCGAUUUGCGCAGAGUUCACGUCAUCACGGCAACUGGCUCUCAAGGACGUUUCGGCAAUGGUCAGGGUGUUGAGUUUGCUGAAGCUUAUUUGCUUGAGUACUGGAGACCAGCGCUAGGUGGCAAGUGGGUUCGCUACAGAGAUGUCCAAGGAGAGGAGGUAAUUCAAGGCAACAAGAACACGUACCUCGAGUCAAAGCACAGCCUGGAACCGCCUAUCUGGGCGCAAAAAAUCCGUUUUCUACCGUACAGCUUUCAUCGUCGGACGGUGUGCAUGCGAGUGGAAGUAUACGGUUGCCCAUGGAACGACGGUAUCGUGUAUUACUCGAUGCCCCAGGGUGACAAGCGUGGCAACUGGGAGUUCUAUGACGCCGCGUACGACGGUUACUGGGACCAUGAAUUACGCCAUGGUCUUGGCCAACUCACCGACGGUCGUGUUGGGCCUGAUAAUUUCAAACUCAGCCAUUACGACUCGACCAAGGAGCAAGGAUGGGUUGGCUGGAGAAAUGACACCAGAGAGAGACAACCGCUUGAGAUUAAAUUCGAAUUCGAUCACGUCAGAGAAUUCUCGGCUGUGCAUAUAUUCUGCAAUAAUCAGUUUACCAAGGAUGUUCAGGUGUUCUCGGACGUGAGUAUACUAUUCAGCAUCGGCGGUAAGCAUUACACUGGAGACCCAAUAGUUUACAAUACCAUCGAGGACAAGAUUUUCGAAUACUCGCGCAACGUCACGAUCAAGCUUCACCAUCGUAUUGGCAAAUUUGUAAAGUUACGAUUUGGUUUUGCCGCUCGAUGGAUCAUGAUCAGCGAGAUUACCUUCGACUCUGACAUGGCACACGGUAACUUUACGCCCGAAUCGACGCCAACAACCGAAGCAUCACGCCCACGUGAGCGAGGCUCUCUGCGUGAAUCGCCGCACCAUCACCCCGAAAUUCCAGUAUCCACUGCUAAGCAAGACGACCCGACGUACAUGGCUGUGAUAAUCGGCGUGCUAACCGCAGUAAUUCUCCUACUGGCAGUAGCAAUCUUCUUCAUAGUAUCACGUCACCGCCAACGCAAGAAUUUCGCUAGUCCGUUGGGUACGAAAUCAGCCUUGCCGCCAGGUGCUUUAGCGAACGAAGCUGCUUACGGAACCGCGGAGAAGGAUCCGUCGUUGAUGGCGUACAGAGUGGAGGAUUUAGACGACAGGUAUGCCGGUGCAAAACUGACGACUUUGCCGCGAGAGCUGAACGACAGGCUUCUUGGAGACGUGAGACUCGACGAUUAUCAGGAGCCAUUCCACGAGUCUGGUAGCGCCAAAUACAGGGAGCCUGCGCACGCUGCCUAUUACGGAUACAGCACCGUGGUUAUCGACAACAAGGAUCUUCACGACAGCGUCGAGCAGUCCGAUGCGACUUACGAUUAUGCAGUGCCGAUGCCAGUGCCUAGCGGAAGUAGUGAUCAGGACAGCAUAUUUUCUAAGUCAUCCAGGGGCAGCGCGAAGGCAUGUCUGCAGAGUUUCUUCCCACCACCUCCACCGCCAAUGAGCGCGCCUCCGUCACGUGGUGCGAGCAAUCUCACAUAUUCAAGUCCACCAAGUCCGGACCUGAUGUGCGAUCGCAACGGGCGAGCGGGUAGCAAGCGACGCGAUCACUCUCUGCAUCGAUACGCAUGAGACGAAGGCCCAGCGAGUGCGCAACAGUCGCCGCUCGCCCAACAACGUCGUAAUAAUCGCUGGCCGAGACGAACCAUGACCAGCUCGUCCGCAUCCACGCUACUCUAUACCAGAGCCUACGUGAGUAAUUCAUACGGCGACAUGCUGUAGAGCCAGAUGAUAUUGAUGGGAGAAGGUGCGCGCAAGAAUGCGGAGUGCAUAGGUAGAGUUUCGAAUUAAUUUUGAGAUUCAUUUCGAGGCCAGUCGAUAAGUGCGAUCACACCUCGCCCAUCUACUUAACGACGUGAUGCUCUCUCUGGCGGCGCCUGCGCAACAAUCUGGCAUAAAACCUAGCGUUCAAUUGUGGAUAAUCGCUAUCGAUGAUAGUUUAGACGAUUGGCAUAUCAUGAUCUUCUUGGCUGCUUUCGCCACGCCAACCAUGUGCGCUGUUCCUUUAUUUUCAGAUCAAAUAUAAAACACCUUCACGCUGCGCUCGUAUCUGCUUUAAGCGACUUACGAUUAUGUUCGCUCCCUUCUUCUAUGGGUUUCAUAUUGUCGAUAUGUAUAUAUUUCAAAGCGUUUUUCUAAGUCACAAAUGCGACGACGUGCUGUCUCUGGCAUUGUACAGUUGCGCGAUGCGUAUCUGUUUGGGUGGUAUGUAUACAUUUUCUUUCUUUCGCACGCGCGCAAAUAAGACUGACUCGUCGAAUAAACAAAUGUAAGUAAAAAAUGAUGCGAGGAUACAAUUUCAGCGUUCCACCCGAUCUGUAUAUUUUUUAUUUAUUGCCCGCGUAGCGUCAUUCAUAUGACGGAUUUCGUUAUACCUUUUUAAAUUUUUGAUUUUGUCUGUAGUAUAACCGCUAUGUAUAAUCGAUAGAUUAUAGAGAACUCGCGUGCGUGUGCGUAAUACAUUCUGUUUUCGGGAGCGCGAUCGUUUCCAAUCUACUAUAUUCUGAAUGUAAUUGCUUUUCUUUCCAAGUAUUAUGAGCUCAACGACCGUCGGAAAAUCUAGUAUUUCGUCUGAUUUAAUUUGAAGCUUCUUUCUAAUUCGCGUUGUUCCAUCUGUUGACGCGCGUCAUCGUGUAUAAAACGACUAAGCAUAAAGUGGAGAAGGCGAUUGUCGUUCGUCAAAUAACGUUUAACGCAUUUUAUACGUUUGCUAGUAGUCCUAGGCUACGAAAAUAAUAUUGUAAAUACGGGGAGAAAAAAAAGUAUUUUCAUGACUUUGAGAUAACGACGAUUGCCUUCUUCCUCGCACCGCAUAGACAAUUCUAUUUCUGUAAAAUGCAAGAAAACUCUACCGAUGUCGCCUUCACGCAACGAUAAAACAAACAAAAAAUCUUUCUUAUUGUAACGAAAAAAGGGGUAUAUUAGAUGUACGAAACAAAAAUCGACAAUACAGGGAUGAGGCAACAAUAAUGGCUGACAGCGUUAGCGCAGGAAACCCUAAUACUAUUGUGAUAUGUAUCGCGAAUCACAUUCUGUCGUUGCUCGGAAUUUUUCGCGGAUUCUUCUUGUUUCGUUCGUUAUCGGAUAUAGGUUUUAGCUAGGAUCAUCAAAGAAAAGGAAACGACAUCGAUUACUUUGAAAACUCUAGCAUUCAGUUAUCAGCUAUUGGCACUGCAAAGUUUGCGCUUGGAAUACAUAUAUUUUUAAAGUAAUUGAUGAUUCGUGUUACCUACUUGCGAGCGAUGGUAAAAAUCGUUAGCUUCUUAUAGAGAAAACAAUCAUCAAUCUUCUACAACGACCGGAAAAUUAAAUAUAUAUAUAUAUAUAUAUAUAUAUAUAUAUAAAGUAUAUUAUAUACGAUAGACACUAUUGACUAGAUUUUUAAUAAUCCUGAAAUCAAUAUCGCGUAUAUAAAGAACGAGACUUGUACACAACAAAUAAAAAGAAAAAAAACAUGAUGUAUAACGAUGUAACUGUCGGACUUUUGUAUAACUAUUAGAAUGUUGUGUAUGAUUGGCACCACGACCAACUCGAGCGAUCGCGUUGCUUGUUUUAAACGUUGUCCAACGAAAAAAAAUUUUCCUGAAACAAUUUUCCUUGGUUCAUUACGGCGUAACGUAAUAAAAAUUUCAUGCCUUUGAUCUGUGCACGCGAAAAAGAGGUAAACGAGCGUAAAAGAGAUGUCUACGGGAACGCCCGCACUGUAAAUACUCCAGCACCGAUAACCAAUUCUACUAUCUGCCUUUGUCGAGUCUAACCACAAUAAUUCCGCAAUGAGCAAGAGACGCAUCAGCCGUAGCAGCGCAUCGUUAUUUUUGUCCUAUUUCUUUUUUCGUCAGCAUUAUCGACGAGCCAUUGCACUCGCUGACAAGACUCCUCUUUUUUAUCCGUCGCUGAACAAUAAGCGUUAUUUGUUACUGCGGCAAGCGCCAUUUGAUCGGCAGAGGCGGUUCAAAGCACUGCCGGAGCGAACGGCUCUACGCUGUUCGAUGCGCAGUCGAUCAGUCGCUAGGCAUGUACUAAACACCCGAUAAUAAAUAGCCGAAAAUUGUAGCGGCUAUGUAGCAAAACAAUGGCGUUGCAGGCUAGCUCGUGCGAUUGUUCGUCUUCAUUAAAAGUCUUGUCGGGAUGCGAACGCGAGCGCCUCUUUCAUAUUUAACGCGCGGAUGCUUUGUUAGCUCCUUUUGUUCGGCCAAAUCACGCGCCCGCGCUGCAGAGCAAUCCUCGCGCUUUUAACCCACGAUAAUGGGGCUCGCUACAACAACAGCGUUGAUGCUACGGCCGACAUGCCUCGAUAAGAUUUCGCACUGCCUAUGCGUCUGCCGGCAAUCCGUUUUUUCUUUCUAUUUUAUCGUUGCUUCCAUCCUUUCUUAGAUUUGCUUUUUCUCUUCGUGAUGUGGUAGAGACGUCUGGAACAGUUAAGCACGUGAUUACUUUCGUGCUCGUCAUCUUUUUUUAUGGAAUAUUCUUCGUGGAUAUAGGUGGAACUUUUCAAAACUGAACAAAUCUCUGAUAUUUAGGAAAAUAUUUGUUAAGUAUUACUAAAUUCUAUGAGUGGGCACAAAUGAAAGCAUGUUUCAAAAAAGGAACUUGUUUAUAAAGCGACACUGCCUGUGCGUUUCUUUAGCCUUCUUUUCAGAUAUAAAAAAAUACGAUUCCAUAUAUAAUAAGUAUACUCAAUGUUGAGUAUGAGUUUUCAUACAUGCUAUCAAUCUUGUUAGUAAGUACACGUUCUAUCCGAAAGAAUGGACUGAGCGUUUACAAAAGACUGAAAAAGUAUGUAUCAGAGUCUAUUUCGACCCGAACCAGAAAAAUCCAAUUGUUCACUUUUUUACGUUCGCAAAUAUUUCUAAAAGACAUUAACUAAUAAAACGUUGGGCCAAGAGCGACGCAAUGUUUUCACGGCUUCGUAGACAACGCACAGACGUAUAAAAGUUAAGAAAAGAGAAAAAAAAAUACAGCGAGAAGCGCCACUCGGUAAAUUCCUCUAGGCAUCUCGUAGCGAUUAGAGAAACUGCUCUUUCUCCGUUCCGCGAGCGCGCAUACGUCCGCGAUUUAUCGCAGCGGAUUAUCGCUUGCGCGCUUUUACAUAUGCGCACACACGGCACACAUCUACCCGAGCUUGCGCAUUAAUUCUCUUGGAUGUACAUAGGACACUUGUAAUUUAUAAAUAGGAGCGAAAGAGACAGAGGAAGCGCGCGCAAUUAUAAAUAGAAUGUAAAACGGAGCCGGGAAUGGAGCUUUUUUUCAUUCAUUUUUCAAUUUUUUCCUGUAAAUAACUGUAUCAUAAUUUAUACAUAAGCGCAUAUUACAUAUUCUAUUAUACUUGUACAUGUAAACUUCUGCGGGUACGUGUCUGAAUAUGCGAGUAAGAGCGAGAGAAAGUGUAAAGCGACGUCACGAACAAUUGAGUGUAAUUAUUAAGUGUAUGCAUUUGAUAUAUUCACGUAUGCGACGCGCCCCUGUGUAUUUCAAUUUCUGUAUAUGCUCGACGCGUACGAGUGUGACGAAUUGUAACGACGAUCAUAUAUAUAUAUAUAUGAGU